UCUCAUUCCGCCAUAGCUGCUGGAGCUGCUCGGUUGUUCGCGCUCGGUGCCUCGGCAGUUCAGUUCGUCGUUCCACUUCCGACUCUUGGAGCAGUUCGUGCAUCGCUGGUUUCCGGUUGUGGCCUGGGCGUAAUCCCUUGCAACAGGUGCACUCCAGUUCGGACGAAGACAACUGCAAAAUUCCUGGAUAUCUACGGUUCCGGCUACGGCUACAAGAUGCAGACGCGCAUCCAAAACUAAUUAGAAGUGUUUACGGAUACGGAUAUUUGCAGAGGAAAUGAGCCGCACAUUAUGUAUCUAGGAUCGCUGGGCGGAAAAGACAGAGAGAGCCAUGGAAAAGCACCCGAGUAUGUCCCAGCGGCUGGAGACCACUUGCCGUCCGAGGAAGGGCCUGAAGUGUCUGUCAUUCGAGUUCCAGUGCCGCCUGCUUCUCCAUCAUCUGCUGCUAACGUCGCUGAGUGGCCGGCAUUGCGUAUACGCCACGAGUGCCGCCGGGGGGGCGCUGAGUGCCAGCAACUGUCACGACAUCCACCACGGAUUCGAUGUCUACCCCAAUCCCACGGCCGUCUCGCUGGCUCAAUCGACGGACACGCCCCUGACCGCGGCGAUGCCACGGUCCGCCUGGAAGUGUUGCUGCUGGAAUGCAAGUAAUCAAGCGGAGGAGGUGGAGUGCCGUUGCGAGGGCGACGGGCUGAAUCGCGUACCGCAAACCCUGACGCUGCCCAUCCAGCGCCUAACUAUCGCAUCCGCGGGGCUGCCACGCCUACGCCACACGGGUCUGAAGGUCUACGGGUCCACGUUGCUGGAUGUGGCCUUCACCGACUGCCUGCAGCUGGAACUGAUACAGGAUGGCGCUUUUGCUAAUUUAACCCUAUUGCGAACAAUCUACAUCACCAACGCACCAAAGCUGACCUUCCUCUCGAGGGACGUAUUCCUUGGCAUUUCGGACACUGUGGACAUUAUACGCAUCAUAAAUAGUGGUCUCACCAGAGUUCCUGACUUGGGCCACCUGCCACCUCAUAAUAUUCUGCAAAUGAUAGAUCUCGAUAACAAUCAAAUCACUCGGAUAGACAGUAAAUCCAUAAAAGUAAAGACUGCCCAAUUAAUUUUGACAAACAAUGAAAUAAGCUACGUUGAUGACUCCGCUUUCUACGGCUCCAAGAUAGCCAAACUAUCGCUGAAGGAAAACAAAAAGCUGGAAAUGAUGCACCCCAACGCAUUCGAUGGCAUCAUAGACAUAGCUGAACUCGAUCUCUCCAGCACCUCGCUAGUUGGCCUUCCUUCAGCCGGACUUCAGAACAUCGAAGCGUUGUACAUUCAGAACACCCACACUUUGAAGACCAUACCAUCCAUCUACAACUUCCGGAAUCUGCAGAGGGCCUAUCUCACCCACUCCUUCCACUGCUGCGCCUUCCAGUUUCCAUCUCGGCACGAUCCUCAGCGACAUGCCCAGCGCAUGCUGGAGAUUGAGAAGUGGCGAAAGCAGUGCAAAAGUGACUCCGGAUCGCGAAAGGAGAGAUCAACCUUAGAUAACUCCUUCAGUAUGCCAGAAGAUUUUGGUUCUUUCGGUGGCACCGACGACUCGUCAACAGAUAUAACCCCCAUCACUUUCGCUUCCUUCGAUUACAUGGCCGAUGACACCAUGAACAAGGGCACUUUUCACGAAAAGAUCAUCCUGAAUCCGGGUGAUGACUCCUCGGCCGAACUCUGCGGCAAUUUUACAUUCAGAAAACCCAAUAUUGAAUGCUAUCCCAUGCCCAACGAUCUGAAUCCUUGCGAGGAUGUGAUGGGCUAUCAAUGGCUGCGUAUUUCCGUCUGGAUUGUGGUCGCUCUGGCCGUCGUGGGCAACGUGGCUGUACUGACAGUAAUACUAUCGAUUAGGCCGGAAUCGACGCCGGUUCCGCGAUUUCUAAUGUGCCACCUGGCCUUCGCCGACCUGUGCCUGGGCCUCUAUCUGCUGCUGGUGGCCUGCAUCGAUGCGCAUUCCAUGGGGGAGUACUUCAAUUUCGCCUACGAUUGGCAGUACGGGCUUGGCUGCAAAGUAGCCGGCUUUCUCACCGUGUUCGCCAGUCAUUUGUCGGUGUUCACGUUGACCGUGAUUACCAUCGAGCGCUGGCUGGCAAUCACGCAGGCCAUGUACCUGAACCAUCGCAUCAAGUUGCGUCCUGCUGCGCUCAUCAUGCUGGGCGGCUGGAUUUACUCGAUGCUUAUGUCCUCGAUGCCCCUGUUUGGCAUAAGUAAUUAUUCGUCGACGAGCAUCUGCCUUCCGAUGGAGAAUCGCGAUGUGUACGACACCAUUUACCUGAUUGCCAUUCUGGGCUCCAACGGAGUGGCCUUCUCCAUCAUAGCCGUCUGCUAUGCCCAGAUCUAUCUGUCCUUGGGUCGCGAGACACGUCAGGCCCACCAGAAUAAUCCGGGCGAGCUGAGCGUUGCCAAGAAGAUGGCCCUUUUGGUCUUUACAAACUUUGCGUGCUGGUCGCCUAUUGCUUUCUUUGGACUCACCGCGUUGGCCGGAUACCCACUGAUUAAUGUUACCAAGUCGAAGAUAUUGCUAGUCUUCUUCUACCCCUUGAAUUCCUGCGCGGAUCCCUAUCUGUAUGCCAUAUUGACGUCCCAGUAUCGCCAGGAUCUGUUCACCUUGUUGUCCAAACUGGGCCUGUGCCGGCAGAGCGCUCUGAAGUACAAGGCGAGCCUUUCCGGCCAAGCCACCACCAGAUUCACAAUCCACGGCUCCAUUCAGCGGCACAGCUCACUCACGUGCAAAAUGCAGACUUUAAUGGGCGCUGAGACGCAGAAAAUGCUGAAGAACAGCGAGGAUUAUGUUUAAACCGAACCUGGGUAUUGUGAACUCACCUCUUCCCACCCCGUUGUGAUAUAUGAUACAUACGUGUACUAUUAGUUAACGCUCUCUCCUCGAUUUGCUAUCUGUUGCAGUAUUGUUAGCAUCCCACGAUUAAUGAUAUUUAACAGCCAUAAGUUUGAUUACGUUAUCUUGUCAUAAUUAAGUUAUUACUCCUAAGGUAUUCAGUUUUAGCUAAGAGAUGUAUUGCUUGAAGGAAGGAGCUUGUCCCCGGAUAACAACUAAGUGGUUUCCCAUUGAAUGGUAUUAAAUUUUUAAAUGUACAGAUUUAAAACUCUAAAUGUCCAAAUGUUAGUUUAAAUAUAAGAAAAGAAUUGAAAAAACUAUUUAAAAACGAAUUAAAAUUGUGUAUAUUGAUGUA